AUGUCUGACGCUCAAUGUUUAAAGAUCUUCUUACAAUCUCCCGUCACUGAGGAGAUGAUCCAUCACCUGGUGGUUCAGACUUUGCAGGUACUUCCAUGUGAUGAAUCUACCAACACCAAGUUGCCCUCUUUGAUGAGUUUCAUCACUAAGUUGGUCAGAUACACAAAUGUCUAUACAGGCACGCUAAUGAGUACCUUGGUUUACUUGCAAAGACUAAGGAGCAAGCUCCCCCAAGAUGCUAAGGGUCUUCCUUGCACAAGACAUCGAAUUUUCCUUGCGUGCUUGAUCCUGUCUGCAAAAUACCACAACGACUCUUCACCAAAGAACAAACAUUGGACUAGGUAUACGGAUGGGCUAUUCAGCAGCCAAGAUGUCAAUUUGAUGGAACGGCAACUACUGACGCUGUUGAACUGGGAUCUGAAAAUAGACUCAAAGGAGCUUUGCUACUCUGUUAGAAGGUUUUUGGAGCCUAUCAGACUGGACAUUCAAAGGUCUUCCAAGCUCCGCUUCAGAAAGGAGAGAAGAGAAACCUCUCUCAGCUCCCUCAGUUCUAUGGCAUCAAGUGCAUCCAAUGCUUCUAUCAACUCAAUACAUUCAGUUGGUUCGUUGUACCCUUCGAGUUUAGGCAGGUCCAACUCGUCAUCAUCGAUUGAAACCAAUAGUUCUUUGGACACUACAGAACUGACAGCCAAUUACUGUCAAAAACCAAUUAUGAUACCCGUCCACACGGCUAAAAUGGAGUCGUCUUUACACCAAACAGCUUUAAAGGAGCAACAGGAACUGGAUACGCUGAUGAGGCAAUACUGUCGGGGAACUGCUUUUUAA